AUGACUAUGUCGCCAACAUUGAAACAACGACAGGUUGCUUGCGCACGUUGUUUUCGUUUGAAGCGAAAAUGUGACCACGUCAAGCCUGAGUGUGGCGAGUGUCGCCGUAAAGGUGCAGAGUGCUUGCCUGCUAAAUCUCGAAAGUCGGGUGAAAACGUCACUAUCCCAGUCGCAUACCUAAAGGACCUCGAAAAGCAGGUAGUUGAACUAGCGCAUCGUCUGUCAGCGGUAUCACAGACAUCUGGCUUUUGUGAUCUGAACGUACAAACUGAACCCAUCGAGUCUGACGGCGAAGCGUUGGCUGCGGUUUCACCCGACAAUUCGUCAUUUCAUACGAGUGCCUUGAAUCGAAGCAUAUCACCGUUGCUCUGCUCUGGCACGAACAUGCCAUAUGCGGAAGACCAACUUUCAUCUUCCGUUUUAUCGUCAUAUCCGCUUGGCCAAAGCUCUCAUUUCCUGAAGACCGCGGUGGGUGGAUUUCUUUGCCAUGAUGGUCUGAAGCCUUCAAAUCUCGGGCUGGAUUCUGUGUGGCUGAGAGACUUAUAUGCCAACCUGUUCUUCGCAAUAUCCAACUGGGAGUGGCCAAUCUUGGACGAAGUCAUCUGGAAGGAAUGGUGUAGCGAGCAAGGCGCGAGUGGACAAGAAUGGCAGUCCUUUUUUCUCCACAUGGUAUAUGCAAUCGGCGCCUCUCUGUGCUGCACCAUGCACAAAGAUUCUACCCACUUGGAGCGAUCGGAAGAGCUCUUCAAAAAUGCCAAGACCAAGUAUCACUUGGUGAUGAGCCAGCCCUCGAUGACCUUGCAUGUACAAGCAUCGCUUCUGCUGGUCGUCUAUGCAUUGCAUUCACCGUCUUCGGAAGAAAUUUCAUUUAUCAUAACCUCCAUAUUGCCGUUCUGCACGAACACAAUGGCUCGUGCUCGAACGACCGAGCGGAAUGAACGCGGUGAGCACCGGGGUUCAAGAUUCGGAUCGACGACAUCGGAAAGCUUAUUCAUAUCUUGCUAUAUGCUGAAUGAGAUCAUCUCUUCCGGAUGGUGCAGGCCUGAACUAGCAUCACACCAGAUAGCGGAGAACGAUCUCUGCGCUCUAGGCGACAUCAUCCAGCACGCAGACAACGCAGAUCCCGCGCGGAACCACCUGUUCCGCUUACGCAAGAUUCAAAACAAAAUCAGGAAGCUUUCAGAGCAAUCGAGGUGGCAGAUUUUCGAAGAAAAGAAUAUUCUGAGCUCAUCUCUCAAAUCCGCUCUCUUCAUCUGGAAGCAGGAUAUACCACACUACGGGACACCGAGCAUUUCGGGUGGAUUCCGUCAUCCAGAUUGGAUGAGAAAUCUAUACGACUAUAGCAUUCUCCUGUUGAUGGAAGAAAGAGAGAACUUCUUCAAUCUGGAAGGGACCGGAGAUAUCUUUGCAGCGGUUGUGGAAGUUUGCGUGCAGUUUCGUCGAUUGCAGGGACAGGGACAUGUGAUGUGUUUUACGUGGUCUGCGCUCGUUUUUCAGUUUCGAACAGCCAUCACGCUGCUCUACCUGAUAUGGGCCGCACCACCUGUGAUACAGAUAAUGAGUGGCCCUGUUCAUCAUUCUUCAGAAGCGAUGGACGCCUGUUCGACGACGCUUGCUUGUUUUGCAAGUCGAUGGAAAGAUGCGAUUCCUUAUUACGAAUUAUUUCAAGUCCUACGUCAUGGUGUCUUUCCAGAAGAUGCAGCGGCUUCGUCAGUAGUAAGCUCUGUCCAAGUCGGGUUCACUGAAGUGAAAGCAUACUUGGAUUUGCUGGUCAACAGACAUCUUCAUCGAGCCGUACAAGCUAUGAUAGAGGAUAUCAUGAUCUCAAAAUUCGGACAGGUCGAGGAAUUCAUGCCUAGGGGCAUGGCGGUCUUUCAGAACUCAGUUGAAAUUCCAAAUUGA